AUGUUGGAGAGCAAUUCGGUAAGCAAUCCUACUACGCUAGGGUUGAAGAUUCACAAUGAUGCAGAUGGAGUACAUGUGGAUGAGACUUACUAUAAACAAAUAGUAGGAAGUCUUAUGUACCUCACCUCCACGAGACCUGAUCUAAUGUAUGCUACAAGUUUGCUAAGCAGGUACAUGGCUAAGCCCACUAUGCUUCAUCUGCAAAUUGCAAAAGGGAUCCUUAAAUACCUAAAAGGAACGAUGAAUCUGGGAAUUUUCUACAAGAAAGGGAGUCAACCGGAGGAACUUGAAGCCUACAUUGACACCGAUUAUGCCGGUGACAGUGACGAUCGAAAAAGUACUAGUGGAUAUGCAUUUCUACUCAGUUCAGGAGUUGUAGCUUUGAGUUCGAAGAAACAACCUAUUGUGACACUAUCUACUACAGAAGCAGAAUUUUGUGGCAGCAACUGUAUGUGUUUGUCAAGCCAUUUGGAUGAAGAGGAUACUCAAGGUGAUGAUCUAUGA